CCGGGUCUGAUCCGACUCAGAUUGUUUCUUGAGGAAAAGGAAAUCGCAGAAGCCUUUUUUUUUUUUUUUUGUGAGUUUAGACCAAAAUCAAAAGCUUUUCAGAUCUUAAUUGAAGAAGAACCUAAACCUCUCUCGAUCCGAAAAAAAGAUGACUUUUACUAUUCCGAUCGAUAACGGUGAUUCCGUGAAGAACGCAGAAGCUGAUUCACAAAGAACACUGUACCCAUAUGUUACUGGGACUUCUAUUGUCGCAAUCAAGUACAAGGAUGGGGUUUUAAUGGCUUCCGACAUGGGAGGUUCAUAUGGAUCCACCUUAAGGUACAAGAACAUUGAGAGAAUGAAAGCUAUUGGUAAGCAUUCUCUUCUCGGUGCCAGCGGAGAAAUCAGUGACUUUCAGGAGAUUCUUCGUUAUCUUGAUGAGCUCGUUUUGAAUGAUAACAUGUGGGAUGAUGGUAACUCUUUGGGGCCAAAAGAGGUGCAUAACUAUCUGACCCGAGUGAUGUACAACCGUCGCAACAAGUUUAACCCUCUCUGGAACACUCUCGUCCUUGGAGGUGUCAAAAAUGGGGAAAGUUACCUUGGCAUGGUGUCAAUGAUUGGUGUUAGUUUCGAGGACAAUCAUGUUGCCACCGGAUUUGGAAACCACCUCGCUAGGCCAAUUCUUCGUGAUGAGUGGCAUGCAGACCUGAGUUUUGAAGAUGGUGUCAAGCUCCUUGAGAAAUGUAUGCGUGUGCUUCUGUAUCGUGACAGAUCUGCUAUUAACAAGCUUCAGAUAGCUAAGAUCACAGAAGAAGGCGUGACGGUUUCUCAGCCAUAUUCGUUGAAGACAUUCUGGGAAUUCAAGGCGUUCAACAAUCCGACUGCUGGUGCUGAAGGCUCCUGGUAAGAAGCCUAAUCAACCACAUACUGCCUGGAGAUCUUUCAAGAACGCUUUCUUUUUUUAUGUUAUUUCUUGUGAUGUUAAAUUACUAUGUACUCUAGUGGUUUUCCUAGCAACAAUUGUGGUUAUUUCAUGAUAUUUCGGAGUUAGAUCGAUAAAAGUUUAUGGAUAUUUCUUAAUAUCUUUGGACUAAACGAGUCUCAAAAUUUUCUUCGUA